AUGGCCACGCCACAACCACGCAUGAACACAAACACUCUAUCUACAUCAGCACCACCUCACCACCCACUGAGCUACUCCACAUUGGUGCUUGAGGCUGAGCUCAUGGGGAGGCAGAACGGCGAUCCCUUUGCCCUCCACGCCUCCAUCGCGCUGCUGCAGGAGCGGUUCAAGCAGCUGCAGAGGGUGAAGGAGCUGAGGGAGCAGCGGGAGCUGCGGAAGGUGUGGAGCGAGGGCGAGCCACCCAGCUCAAGUGCUCAGUGUGGGCAGCAGAACUGGCUCUUCCACCCCGACCUGCCAUGGCCUCCGUCGCGCCGCCACCUCAGUGAUCACGUAGGACCCCAUGCACCCGAGAACGCACCUUCCAUGAGCCUGUGGCCCAGCAGAAGCAUUGCUCAGAAUUCAAUCACAGGACAUGAGACAGAUGUUGAUACUUCUCUGCACCUGUAA